AUGUACUCAAUCUUCUCGGCUUACCUCGGCGAUAAAUGCGAUGGCACCCCGUACCUCGUAAGUGUAGCAGAAGACAAGAACUGCACUACCAGUUCGUGUGUAGCAUUCGACACAUUCGGAUCGAGGCCAAUUAACGCCAACAUGGCCACAAGUGAAUGCUCGACAGAUUAUCUACAGACUAUGCGGAACAAGUUUGGGAAUUCGCCCUACCUUAUUCAACUACUUUACUCGGAUGAAAACUGCUCAAGUUUCAUUAUGGGGUUUGGUUAUCCUGCGACUGGGUCUUGUGUUGGGGCCUACAACGAAUCGGACAGUCUGUACGUCAUCGCCGACCUCAACGAUAACGGAUCAGCGUUGUUUCAGGAGUUUGUCGAGCGAACGUGCUUCUCCGAUCAGCUUUACAUGACCGUUUACAUUGACGCGGAGACUAUCGCCAAUCACUCAUGCGACGUUAACCGGUUCCGUUGGUACAGCAGCAAUGACGUCGAAGCCGAACACAUUAGUGGUCCAACGUCAAUGGAGCGGGCAGGUAAUGGUCUUAGCACGGGUGGGGUCAUUGGAAUCGCCGUCGGUGUAGCAGCGUUAUCAGCAGUACUAUUAAUCGCUCUUUUGGUUUACUCACGGCGAUUGAAACAUCAAACGACUGAGAAGCAAACCACGUUGAAUUCGACUCGAAAAACUACGCUAGAAGCAGCGAUUCAAGGGCAAUCAGGUCUGUGGACUGACAACGUCAUCACGACGAAAAGAGUUUCACGAGAUGAAAUUGUACCACAACAACUUAUCAGUAAAGGAGCGUUCGGUGAAGUGUAUGCAGGCGUCUUCAAUGGACGGAAAGUAGCAGUUAAAAUGCUGCUUCCUGCCAGUCGAGAGAAAUUACAUCGAGUUAAUGAGUUCCUGGCCGAAGCUAAGAUGACGGCGACGAUGGAUCACGCUCAUAUUGUCUCUUUUAUUGGAGUCGCAUGGGACUCGUUAUCGGAUCUUUGCGUUGUUCUCGAAUAUAUGGACGGAGGUGAACUGCGUACCCUACUGAACAAGUACGAAGCGGACGACCAUCCUUCUGGUUUUGAUCGACAGAAACUCACUAUUGCGCUUCAUGUCUGCCACGCUCUUUCCUACCUCCACUCGAUGAUACCUUCGAUCAUUCAUCGAGACCUCAAGUCUCGUAACAUUUUACUGGAUAGGGAGAUGAAUGCGAAGUUGUCGGACUUUGGUAUUUCUCGAGAACGACUCGACCGGACUAUGACUGCAGGGGUUGGAACUUCUCUGUGGAUGGCACCCGAAGUGAUGCUAGGCGAGCGUUAUGGUGACAAAGUGGAUAUGUUUUCGUUUGGAGUUGUGCUAUCUGAGCUCGACGUGCACACAAGACCGUAUGCGCGAGUGAAGAAGGAAAACUUGGACUCAAAUGGACGUGAAAUGACCGAUUCGGUGCUACUCCAGAAGGUGGCGUUAGGACAAAUUCAGGUCGAGUUUUCAAAGACAAGUCCAAAAGCGGUGGUGGAGCUUGGUCAAGCCUGCAUAUCGAUAGAUCCGACUCAACGUCCGAGUGCAGCUGAGGCGUUGUAUAGACUACAGCUUCUGUUGCGGAAGGUGAGAUGA